AUGUGGAAAGACAAAAUAAAAAAAGACCUAAUAACGAAUGAGAAAGAACGAAAUUCGCUUAAAGAUCAAGUUUUAAUUAGCCUGCGGAACGUAAAAGCGAAUUUUCGGAAGUCACUACUCAUCUUGUUGUUUACACUGUGCUUUCUAUUCUUUCUGAUAAUGGGAAAGUACAAUGUCGUAAGACUCUGGUUUCCACAAUUAUCAACUAUAGUCGAACAUAGUCAGAUGAAUGCCGACCAAGAUUUAUGUGUCCUAUUGGAUAAAUAUACAGGUGAAUUAAAAUUAAGCAACAGUAAUGCUACAAAUGAAGACUAUUGCGUUCCUACUAAAAGUGGAACGGAAACCUAUACAAACAAUAUGAUAAUAGGCCUAGUGUCUCUUUUACCACACUUCAUCACCGGAGCUCUCGUUAACAAAGUAGGGAAGAAGGCUUUACUCGUAACGUUAUGUCUUAUCUCCGCUGGUGCAAUUUCUGGCGUGAGAUGGGCCAAUUCCAGAACCGCAGUCGUCGCCUUAUUCUCAUUGGACAUUGCCAUUACGCAAAGCAUUAAGAGCUUGAUCCAAGCUGUUACGAUAGAAUUUUUUCCAACAGCCGUAAGGACACUCACAAUUUCUUUAGUAAUGACGUUUGCUCGGAUCGGCACUUUAGUAGGAAACGUCCUGUUUCCAAUAUUACUAGACAUACAAUGUAUUAUCCCGUUCUUCAGUAUGGCCGGAAUCAUGACGUUUGUGACUUUGGUUACGCUCUUUUUGCCGAAGAAGAAAGAGAAAUGA